UCUGGCUCCUCCUCGUUUUAGAAAGGAAUGUUUCCUUUUAACAAAGCUCUCUCUGAAGACGAGGAUAAGUUAGAACCAUGGGCCUGCUUUUCGUAAUUAGUGCUUUAUAUUUAGAAUGUAAUGUUCAGUAUUUCUAAACCAGACACUUGGUUUUGGAAUGUGCAUGUUUUCUGCAAUUGGAUCACGAUGUCAAGUCAAAAAAGCUGUCGCUGUAUGUACGUUCUUUUGAUGAUGUUCUUCAUGGAAUUCUCCUGCGGACAAAUUGUUUAUUCUGUGAAUGAGGAAUCGGAUCCAGGUACUACUGUCGGAAAUUUGGCUAAAGAUCUGAAUAUCCAUGGGCAUGAACUGGAAUCGCGAAGGUUUCAUAUUGCAGCCGGCACCAAUGAAAGGUAUUUUGGUGUGGAUAUAAAAACAGGGAUGCUGUACGUGAAAGAGAGAAUAGACAGGGAAGCGCAUUGUGGUCGGAAUGUGAAAUGUUCGUUGCAUCUAGAAGCGAUGGCUAAAUCGCCUCCAAAACUGUACCGUUUUGACGUGAAUAUUUUAGAUAUCAAUGACAAUGCCCCCUCUUUUCGUGUAGCAAAUAGUCAUCUGAAUAUUUCAGAGCUGGCUUUGCCAGGAGAGCGAUUUACUUUGCCGAAAGCUAGUGACGCAGAUGUGGGAAAUAAUGCCGUAAAAAGCUACAGACUGAGUCCGAAUGAGCACUUCAGUCUGGAGGUUCAGAGUGGAGGAGAGCAAAGUGUAUCAGCGGAACUGGUUCUACAGAAAGCUUUAGACAGAGAGAAACAGCCUGUGAUCCAUCUAGUAUUAACAGCUUUUGACGGAGGAAAACCUGCGAAGUCCGGAACAUUGCAGAUAAUUAUUAAUGUGCUUGACGUCAAUGAUAACGUCCCUAUUUUUAAUAAAACACUGUACAAGGCCCGUAUUCCAGAGGAUGCACCAUUCGGAUCUUCCGUUAUCACUGUUGCUGCUACGGAUCUGGACGAGGGCCAAAAUGGUGAAAUAAUUUACUCCUUUAUAAACCAUGACAAUGAUAAUAACAUCGAUAUGUUUGCUAUUGAUCCAGGAAACGGUGAGAUUACGGUUAAUGGGAUUCUGGAUUACGAAGCAAACAAUGCAAUUGAAAUUCGCGUUCAAGCAAAAGAUAAAGGACAAAACCCAAGAGCAGCCCACUGUAAGGUCCUCAUUGAAAUUAUUGACGUGAAUGAUAACUAUCCGGAAAUCACCGUAACAUCAUUAAUCGAUACUCUAAAAGAAGACGCUGCACUCGGGACAAUGGUUGGCUUAAUAACUGUCAAAGACAACGAUGGGGGUAAGAACGGCGAAGUACACUGUGAAAUAACUGGCACUGCUGUUUUCAAACUGCAGUCGCCUUAUAAGGACUAUUACACAUUAGUCGUUGAUGGGCCGCUUGACAGAGAGAGAGUUUCUCAGUACAAUGUUACCAUCACAGCCUUUCUGGGCACCCUAACAGGUGGCUGA